AUGUCAUUUGGAAAUAGCGGAGGUGGCACCCUCACCCUGCCUAGUCCUACUCAUCCAAAUCACAUUGACGUCCAAGCCGCCGUCGCGCGAUCUCUUCGACGAUCGAUAUCGCGAUCGCCUUCCAAAUUUCAUCUCGCAAGGACGUCGUCACAGAGCUCCGACGCAUCUAUGAGCUCCAUUCCAAAUUCGCCUUCGCCCGCCUCGCCUUCCUUGAGGCGCAUGGCAUCUGCACAAUUUGGCGCGUUCAGUUCUCAGAAUCACGCGCCGACCACACAAUCUGUCCUCGCGCAACCGCCUCUUGCAACACCAUUUAGACCGAGCGUUAAGCUUUCAUUGCGCUCAGCAAAAUCUUCAGCAAAGCUGACGUCUAGUGGAUCCUCCACAUCUUCAAAAUCUUCUACACGAUCCAGGACAUCUCCUCGAAGUCCCACCAAGCGCGCUCUGAACCCCUCAUCUCCGUGCGCCGGUAACUCAACGCCAUCCUCAUCGGACGACUCUCCUCCAUCAGGCCAGGAGAACAUCAGCUGUUUCCGUGCGCGAAGCCCAGGAUCGAGGAGGAGGAGUUUCGAGCGAACCAAGAGUCGUCAUAGCAUGCAUCUCGAUAUGUCUGGUGCAUCGCUGCAAGCCAUAGCCCGUAGCACCGACAGCAACCUUCCGAGUGCUUCAGCUAGUCCGUUGAAGCGCAGCGACGCAACCAUGGAUUUGGACCAGGCCACUUUCGGCAGUCCCAAGGCAAAGCGCAGGAGUUAUGGCCCGGCAAGUUUCGGAGCUGACUUGAAUUUCCUCGAGCCAGGCCACGUCUCGCCUGGAUUCGACAUUCACGAUGAGACAAGUCGUGAAUAUGACUGGACGCCUCCGAGUAGCAAGGAAUCUGAUGAGUCAUUUGCAUCGCCUCCAUUCGCUUCGUUAAUGCUUCCUCGUCGGACAACUUCUCUACGCCAGUCGACCCUUCAGCAACGCCAGGUCAAGAAGGAGCGUACGUCGUGGGGACGACGAUCUGGUGCACAGCAUCUUUCCCAAUUGUCGAAUGAGGCUGCUACCCCAGUGAGGACACGACCGCGGGUUGCUUCCGAUCAGUUUCAACCACUUGCUCGCGAAAGCAUCUUCAGUGCUCCGAGCCCUGUGCCUCCUACCUCCGCGCAGGCUGUGAACCCGAUCCAAAACCAGCCUCACCCACUUUCAAGGACCAUGACGGCUUCAUCGUCAAACUCGAGCAUUCCAGACGAGUCACCUACUCACUUCCCUGUCAUCGCACAAAGACCCAGGGCUCCUAUGAAUUGGUCCAAGAGUUUGCCGAUUGGUGCUCUUCGUCCAAAUCCGGAUGACGAGACACCCAUGGUUGGGAGCAUUUCUACCCCAGCUUACCAGCACGCAAAGCCUUUCAUGGGCGCCUUCGCCUCAACAGGCCUGGUUUCCAAAAUGAGAAACCCCGAGCUGGAGCCGCUUGUUUCGCGUGGUGCUCCAGUGCCCGACACACCAUGCAAAGGUCGUGUCAGCCCAUUCCAUACCUUUCCGCCUUUCUUGCCCAGCAACGUCAAAUCCCGAAGCAGAAACGCUCGAUCAACACUGGGCGCCUUUGGUGGCCCUUCGACUCCGUUUGCUUCAAACGAUAAUCGGUCUCCGGCACCUAAUAGUUUUGGCAGUCAAAAUGGCAGACCCAAUCUCUUCACGUCAUUUGGUACGCGACAUGGUCGUUCGAAUAGUACUCUCAGCCUCUACAGCGACGACGGGAGGAGCCCGAUCGACUUGAAUGGCGAUACCCCCAUGGCAACGGCCGAAGACGUACCACCCACACCUACCAGGCCGGCACAAUUUCUCACGCAGAUUUCCGACGGCCUUGAUCUGAUGAUAAACGACAGCCCUACUGCCAAUCGCCAUAUCACCGCAAAUGUUUCAGCGAAUCUUGACAGCUCAUGGCAUCAAGAUUCCGCGGCAAGCCGUAAGUCCCGCCUUCAAGCGCCCCGUGACAAUGGGAAGCUCGAGCAUGCGUCGUCCACCCAAGGCGUCUCUAACUCGACUGUACCAAUGAUUCGGGGACCGGCCGUCUCCUUUACUGUUCCUUUGUCUUCGUUCUGUAAGAAUCGAGCCAGACGAGGGGAAAUGCCCACGCCUGCGCCUUUGAUGAUGAGGACAGUGUCCUCGACGGGAAUUUCUGCUAGCUCCAAAAAGGUCAGCCUUACUGAAACCACUGUCUGUACAGCAAGCCCCCUAGAUCGACUAGAAUUUGCCGAGUCAACAACACCGAGAACACCACAUGACAGUGAGGCAGUAGCCGAAGCCAGCCGACUGUCGAAAUCGACACCUACCGCAGGUUUUCUGUUUCCUUCCAGCAGCGGAAAGAAAUCCCAAUUCCCUCCGGCCACCCCAACGGCUCGUCAAAGUGGAUCUCUGCUCUUCCCAGACCUUUCCGCCAUUACACCAACUCACGGUAACGGCGCUCGACACAUUGAUGCAUCUUUGACAUCUCGCUUCGCUAAUGUCGAAUUUAUUGGCGAAGGUGAAUUUUCGGAAGUUUUCAAGGUGGCUGAAAAGGUCAAGUCCGCGGCUGUUCCUGCCCACGGGCUCUUCAGCACCCCGACACAUCGCUCACCAACCUCCCCGUUGUCGGAAAAGGUGUACGCAGUCAAGAAGCUCAAGCUACCUCUCAAGGGCACAAAUGAUAGAGCAAUGCGGAUGCGCGAGGUAUCCGCUCUGGAGGCUCUGCGCGGAUGUGAACAUGUCUUGCAAUUAACCAAUAGCUGGGAAGAAGUGAACAAUCUGUACAUUCAGACGGAAUACUGCGAAGAAGGAAGUCUCGACGUCUUCCUUGCGCAGGUCGGUAUCAAAGGCAAACUGGAUGACUUCAGAAUUUGGAAGAUCAUGCUGGAGUUGAGCCAGGGGCUACAACAUAUCCAUGAUGCUGGUUUUGUUCACCUCGAUCUCAAGCCCUCGAACAUCUUCAUUGACUUUGAGGGCACCCUGAAAAUUGGCGACUUUGGUAUGGCGUCGGCGCUUCCUGCCGUUAAGGGACCAGACUUUGAAGGCGAUCGCGAGUACCUGGCCCCCGAAGUGCUGCGUGGCGAGAUCGACAAACCAGCUGAUGUUUUCUCUCUCGGACUCAUUAUGGUGGAGGUCGCUGCAAAUGUCAAGCUGCCUGACAACGGUGCCACCUGGGUGGCGCUUCGCGUCGGCGAUUUCACAGAUAUUGGCAUUCUCACACAGGCAGACAACAGUGUCGUGCGUGAUGCGACGGGCAUUCCGAUCGAAGACACAGAGCGCAGUGUCAGUGAUACCCCGGAAGGCAAACCGCCCUCGAGCAUUAUCACUCCAAGGACUGGACUUCGUCAGUCUGGAGACAUCUUCGGUUUGACCCGUAAGAGCGAACUGAUGCAGCCUCCACCAUUCAUGCAAAACCCCGACGAUGAUAACUCGUUGGACCAGGUUGUCAGGUGGAUGUUGCACCCUGAUCCUCAACAACGCCCAACUGCAUCGGCCAUUCUGAAACUUAAUGCCUUGGAAUGGGUGGCCUCUCGCUGUCGUGCGGGCGCCACGGUGUUUGAAGGCAAUUGGGGACCGGCAGAUGAGCUCUCCGACCAAAGCUCUCCCGACACCGAGAUGACUGAUGUUUGA